AUGUCUGAAAUAGUUCAUUCAUUUCAUAUAUCUAAUAAAGUCCUUCAAGGGAGAUGUUCAACACAAAAUGGAAUUAAAGAAAUAAGUAAUGAAUUAGAUGAGGAAGUUAUUUAUUUAGUAAAAGAAUUAAAUAACAAAACAAUAACAGAAGAAUGGCAAUUAAUAGAUAAUGAAUUAGAAAAUCCAAUAGUAUUAAUUAGAACAUAUUUAUUAUCAAAAAAAAAUGAAACUAUUUUACGAUCAUAUGCUACAAUUCCUAAAUACUAUUUAUUAAUUAAAAAUAUAUUAGAAAGAAUUGAACGAAUUACUGAAUUACUUCCAAGUGUUUUAGAAACAGAAAGUUUUGAUGACUUUUUUAUUAAUAAUGUUAUUAUAAUGGAUCCAACAAAAUUUUAUGGUAGAGUUACACAUUCAUAUAGAUAUAAAGAAAUUUCUCCACAAGAAUGUGCUCAUGUUUUUUCACAUUUUCAACAACCAAUUUGGAAUUAUCAUUUAUUUUAUGCAAAAGACGAAAAUAAAAUGACUUCAUUUGUUAUGCAAUCAAAAUUUCUUGUCCAAGAAAAUUCUAAAGGUUCUUUAUUUCAUUUGGUUAAUUUACAAAGGAAAUUCAUUAGUAAUAUCUUUGAUCAUAUCAGUGGAGAUCAAGAAGUUAAAGACAUGAUGUUUUUAGAAAGAACGUUUAAUAAAAUGGUUUACAACCAAGAUGUUUUUCCAGUAAUUAUUCAUAGAAAUGCUGUAUUUAAUGUUUUUGCAAACUAUGAUUUUACUGAAAUUGUUAUAAAAGGAUCAAGUGAGUAUCAUCAAAAAUUUAAUGUUCUUUUAGAAGAUUUAGAGCAUAAAGUUUAUGGCAAUAUUAUUUAUCCUAAAAGUACUCUAUUAAAGAAAGGAAAUCGUCAAAAAUGUUUUCAUAAAGAAUCACCUUUUUUUAGUAAAGAAUUGGUUUCAACUGAUUUAAUUAUUGGUAAAACUAUUUCUGAAGGUAAUAUUUUUUUUGGAUGUCAAAGUGUUGGACAAGGAAUUAGUUUAUGUCAAUACCAUCACGUAAGUCCUGUAAAAUUUGCUGUUGUUCUUUCUGCUGAAAGAACAGAAACAUUUAAUGGAAAAGCAAAAUCUAUAUUUUAUUAUCAUUAUUUUGUUCCUGAAUUAAAUCUUAAUGAUGUUAAAAGGUUUAGUGGAUGUAUUCGUAAUAUUAUUAUUGCUAAACUCAUAAUGAGAAUUGGUUUUGAACAAAAUGUUAGUCUUAAAAUUGAUAGACCAAAUUCAGGAGAUUUAAACUUAGCAAAAAAUAUGUUAUUUUGUGCAUUACAAAUAAAAAGAACUAUUGAAGAUAGAAAACGCUUACAACAAUUAGAAAGAAAAAAGGAUAUUACCAAAAUUAAUCAUUGUUUUAUUUAUCUUCUUGAUGAUCGUAGUUUUCAUUAUUUAAUUAAAAUGUUAUGUCUUGAAGAUCUUAUGAGUUUAAGAUGUACUUGUAAUCGUUUUAAAAAGUUAAUAGAUGAAAGUACAGAUAUUUGGAGAAACUUUUAUGAUUUAUAUUAUAAUCCUCAAACUCAACCAAAAACAUUUUUUACUUCAGAACAUAGUAACAUUAAAAAUUAUUCAUUACUUGUAAGAAAGUGUUAUAAAAUACGUCAAAACUGGAGAAAUAAAAAAUGGUCUAAAAGAAGUAUACUCACUCCAUUUUAUGCACCAAUUAAUUAUAUUAGAGUAAAAAAUGAUGAUUGUAUUGUUGUAGGAAGUGAAAAUGGAUAUUUUUCUAGAAUUGAAACAAAAAAUAAUGAAUUUAUUAAAGUUCGUGAAGGAUUACCUAUGAGUCUUCUUGCAGGGAUGAAAUGUAGUUUUGAUUAUUCAAAUGAUCUUUAUGUUUAUUUUAGAUCAGGAGAAAUAAGAAAAUAUACAAAUAGUACUCUUAAAUUUACAAAAUAUGAAUGUCAUCCAUAUGAAAAAGUUAGUUUUGUAAAUAAUUCUAUAAUUGUUGGACUAAAUGAUACAACAUUAUCUGUUGUUGAUUUUAUUUCACAAAAAACUCUUAAUAAAUUUGUUCCUCAUUCUGUUGAAAUAACACAUUUUUGUUGUAUUAAUCCAAAUAUUGUUGUAUCAUCUUCUAUUGAUGGAACUAUUGCUGGUUUUGAUUUACGUUCCAAUCAACUUGCUUUUAGAACAUUAAGUUAUAGAGAAGAAUUAACUUCUUUUGAUUGGAUUGAUGACUUUAUUAUCAGUGGGUCUUGUAAAGGAAGAAUGAAAAUGUGGGAUUUGAGAAUUAAUAUGUGUUGUUGUGAAAGGACUGUACAUUUUAAUGCAAUUAAUUCAAUGUUUUGUUUCAAUAGGAAAGUAGUAAGUGGAGGAACAGAUAAAGCAGUUUAUUGUUGUGACUUAUCACGUGGGUGGUUUGAAAAUGUAUUAAUGAUGUACAUGCAUCCAAGUACUGUAACAUGUGUUUCAUUAAAUGAUUGUACAUUAUCUACUGGUUCAGAAGAUGGAGUAUUAAUAUGUUCUCAAUUUUGUUAA